AUGAGUACAUGGAACUAUGUGGUUACUGCUCACAAACCUACCAACGUUACUCACUCCUGCGUCGGCAAUUUCACCAGUCCUCAAGACCUUAAUCUCAUAGUCGCGAAAUGCACUCGCAUCGAGAUUCACUUGCUUACUGCUCAUGGCUUGCAGUCUGUCUUAGAUGUGCCAUUAUAUGGAAGAAUUGCUACGCUUGAGCUAUUUCGCCCUCAUGGUGAAGCACAGGAUUUUCUGUUUAUUGCUACUGAAAGAUACAAAUUCUGUGUUCUUCAAUGGGAUACCGAGACUUCUGAGCUUGUUACACGAUCAAUGGGGGAUGUUUCUGAUCGUAUAGGACGACCAACAGAUAACGGUCAGAUUGGCAUCAUAGAUCCUGAUUGUAGGUUGAUUGGACUCCACUUGUAUGACGGUUUGUUUAAAGUUAUUCCAUUUGACAAUAAAGGCCAGCUCAAGGAAGCUUUUAAUAUCAGGCUUGAGGAGCUACAAGUUUUGGAUAUCAAAUUUCUGUAUGGUUGUCCAAAGCCCACUAUUGUAGUUCUUUACCAGGAUAACAAAGAUGCCCGUCAUGUUAAAACAUAUGAGGUUGCUCUGAAGGAUAAAGACUUUGUUGAGGGUCCGUGGUCACACAACAAUCUUGAUAAUGGGGCUGAUUUAUUGAUACCGGUUCCCUCGCCUCUUUGUGGUGUGCUUAUUAUCGGAGAAGAAACCAUAGUAUACUGCAGUGCUGAUGGCUUUAAAGCUAUUCCAAUCAGACCUUCAAUUACAAAAGCCUAUGGAAGAGUUGAUCCUGAUGGUUCUAGAUACUUACUUGGUGACCAUACAGGGUCGCUCAGUCUACUUGUUAUUACCCAUGAGAAAGAGAAGGUUACCGCUCUCAAAAUAGAGCCCCUUGGGGAGACUUCCAUUGCAUCUACAAUUUCAUACCUUGAUAAUGCAUUUGUCUAUAUUGGUUCAAGCUAUGGAGAUUCACAGCUCAUAAAGCUAAAUCUACAGCCUGAUGCAAAAGGUUGUUAUGUGGAAGUCUUGGAAAGGUAUGUCAAUUUGGGGCCCAUUGUUGACUUCUGUGUGGUAGACCUUGAAAGGCAAGGCCAAGGUCAGGUUGUGACUUGUUCUGGAGCUUACAAGGAUGGCUCUCUACGUGUUGUUCGUAAUGGAAUAGGUAUCAAUGAACAGGCAUCAGUAGAACUUCAAGGUAUCAAAGGAAUGUGGUCACUAAGAUCCUCAACUGAUGAUCCUUUUGACACUUUCCUGGUUGUAAGUUUUAUAAGUGAAACAAGAAUAUUAGCAAUGAAUCUUGAGGAUGAGCUGGAAGAAACUGAGAUUGAGGGAUUCUGUUCUCAAGUACAGACAUUAUUUUGCCAUGAUGCAGUUCACAAUCAACUUGUACAAGUCACAUCGAACUCUGCAAGACUUGUCAGUUCCACAACUAGAGAGCUCCUGAAUGAAUGGAAUGCACCAUCAGGCUUUUCAGUAAAUGUAGCUACUGCCAAUGCCACCCAGGUUUUGUUGGCUACAGGCGGUGGGCACUUGGUUUAUCUUGAAAUUGGAGAAGGUGUAUUACAGGAAGUAAAGCAUGCCCAACUGGAGUAUGAAAUCUCGUGCCUAGACAUAAAUCCCAUUGGUGAAAACCCCAAUCAGAGUCAUCUAGCAGCAGUUGGAAUGUGGACUGAUAUAAGUGUUAGACUUUUUUCUCUUCCUGACCUUAAUCUCAUCACAAAGGAGCAUUUGGGAGGAGAGAUAAUACCUAGAUCUGUUCUUCUUUGUGCUUUUGAAGGGAUAUCUUACUUGCUAUGUGCCCUUGGUGACGGCCAUCUCUUAAACUUUAUGUUGAACACAAGUACUGGUGAAUUAUCAGAUAGGAAAAAGGUCUCUCUUGGGACUCAACCUAUUACUUUACGGACUUUCUCAUCCAAGAAUACUACCCAUGUAUUUGCUGCAUCUGAUCGGCCAACUGUGAUUUAUAGUAGUAACAAAAAGUUACUUUAUAGUAAUGUAAAUCUGAAGGAAGUGAGUCACAUGUGCCCUUUCAACUCUGCUGCUUUUCCAGACAGUUUAGCGAUCGCCAAAGAAGGUGAGCUUACUAUUGGCACCAUUGAUGACAUACAAAAACUGCAUAUUCGUUCUAUUCCACUUGGGGAGCAUGCACGAAGAAUCUGCCAUCAGGAGCAAACUAGGACGUUUGCUAUUUGUAGUUUGAAGUACAGUUCCGCAAGUGCUGAAGAAUCUGAAAUGCAUUUUGUCCGCUUGCUGGAUGACCAGACUUUUGACUUCAUAUCAGUUUAUUCACUUGACACUUAUGAGUAUGGUUGCUUUAUAAUUAGCUGCUCCUUCUCAGAUGAUAAUAACGUGUAUUACUGUGUUGGAACUGCAUAUGUAUUGCCAGAGGAAAAUGAGCCAACCAAGGGAAGGAUUCUUGUGUUUUCAGUUGAAGAGGGAAAGCUACAACUGAUUGCCGAAAAAGAAACAAAAGGAGCUGUUUACUGCUUGAACGCGUUUAAUGGUAAAUUGCUUGCUGCUAUUAAUCAAAAGAUUCAGCUGUACAAGUGGGUGCUCCGGGAAGAUGGCACUCACGAAUUACAGUCUGAAUGUGGACACCAUGGGCACAUACUGGCUUUAUAUGUGCAAACCAGAGGAGAUUUUAUUGUAGUUGGUGAUCUCAUGAAAUCAAUCUCGUUGUUAAUGUAUAAGCAUGAAGAAGGUGCUAUUGAGGAGAGAGCGCGCGAUUAUAAUGCAAAUUGGAUGUCAGCUGUUGAAAUCCUUGAUGAUGACAUAUACCUUGGUGCAGAAAAUAGUUUCAAUCUCUUCACUGUUCGGAAAAAUAGCGAAGGCGCCACUGAUGAAGAACGGGGCCGACUUGAGGUGGCUGGUGAGUAUCACCUUGGAGAAUUUGUCAAUCGGUUCCGGCACGGCUCCCUUGUUAUGCGAUUGCCAGAUUCCGACGUAGGCCAGAUUCCCACUGUUAUAUUUGGCACCAUUAAUGGUGUUAUUGGGGUAAUUGCCUCUCUUCCUCACGAGCAGUAUGUUUUCUUAGAGAAGCUUCAGUCAAGCCUGAGGAAGGUGAUCAAAGGUGUUGGAGGACUCAGCCAUGAGCAAUGGAGAUCAUUUAACAACGAGAAGAAAACUGUUGAAGCCAGAAAUUUUUUGGAUGGGGAUUUAAUUGAAUCAUUUCUUGAUCUCAACCGCAACAAGAUGGAUGAGAUUUCCAAGGCAAUGGAUGUUUCUGUAGAGGAGUUAGCCAAGAGAGUAGAAGAGUUGACUAGGUUGCACUGA